AUGGACGUCAAACCUUUCCUUCAUGAACACUACUUGCUCUUUGAUGAAUACAUGGAUCAAGAGGCAUGUUGUGAUCAUUGCAAUCAGCAAAUUGCUGGUUGGGCCUUUACUUGUGAAACCUGCAAGUUUUGGCUACACGAAUCAUGUGCUAAACAACAAUUGCCUUCUACGAUUUCACAUCCUCUCCAUUCUCAGCACCUUCUCACUCCGCUCUUUAUUGAUUGUUUUAAUCAUGACUAUUUAAAUAUUUGUGAUAAAUGUUUCAGUCUUACUCGAGGCUGCAUGUACGGAUGCAAGGAUUGUAAUUUCAACCUUGAUCUCAUAUGUGCUUCUUCAACUACUAAUGAUGAGACCCCACAUGAAGAGUGGGAAAGAUCUUAUCAUAGACAUAAAACCAUUCAGCAUUUCGGCCACAGAGAUGAAUUGAACCUCUUCAACUAUAGGAAAGUAGGAAAGGAUGAGUAUAGUUGUAAAUGGUGUGAGAAACUUCUGUCAGGAAUGUCCUAUGGUUGUCUCAGUAGUUAUUGUACUCCUGAAGAGGUCUUCUUUCAUGAAUCCUGUAUCUCAUUUGCAAUGCUUGUGGAGAUAAUUUCAAAUAUAGAGAGAACAAAGGAUAUAGUUGUACAAAGUGCAAAUUCCACCUUCAUGAAGUGUAUGGAGAUGAUUAGACUAAAUGAGAGUGAGAGUGCUUUUUAUCGUUGCGUGGAAUGUGAUUUCAAUCUCCAUCUCCGUUGUGCAUCAUUAUCAUUUACGACUAAACAUGAGUAUCAUAGACAUGAACUUACGCUUGUUCAUUCAUUUAUAGAAGAUGGAUCGAAUGAAUAUUAUUGUGAUAUUUGUGAGAAAGAAAGAAAACCAAAACACCAUGUCUAUUGUUGUCAAAAAUGCAAAUUUGUUGCUCAUAUCGGAUGUGCACUCCAUAAGUCUAUAGAUACCAAAUUUGAGCAUGGGUCAACAUCUAGCUUUGUGGAUAGCGAAGCUUCUAUGGGGAAAGUGACAGAGCAAGAGGGAACAGAGAUUGACUAUUUUGAUCAUCAACAUCCCCUAAGCUUUUAUGAGGUUAUUAGAAAAAAUGAAAGUCUUCUCUGCCAUGCUUGUCGACUGGAAAUCUCUGAUCAAGCCUAUGUUUGUAAAUAUGGAUGCCCAUACUACGUACACAAAGCAUGCACCAAAUUGUCCUUUGUGCUGCUACACCCUCUUCAUCCCCAACAUUCUCUCAAACUCAUUCCCUAUUGCUUUCAGUUUACAUGUGAUGAAUGCAGAGAGUGCAUUGAUGGGUUUGGUUACAUGUGCUAUGCCUGUGAUUUCAAACUUGAUGUGAAAUGUGCUACUUUAUCAGUGUCUAAAAAUGAGAGCCAAAGGCCAAAAGAGAUAGAGAGACGAUCCAAGUUGUGCCCUUUCAACCAACACCAUAGGCUAAACUUCUCUAAUUUUGGGUCCGGUCUAUGGUACUAUCACGACUGCCAUUUUUGUGGACAAGGAAUCCUGGGACCAUCCUAUGGAUGCUUUAAUUGUGGAUAUGACCUUCAUGAAUCCUGCCUUGGAUUUCCUCUGGAGAUGCAACUCCAUUUUCAUCCGGUACACAACCUUCGCCUAAUUUGCUUCCUAGAAAAAAGUUGUCUUGUCUGCAAAUAUGCAUUCUAUAAGAAGAUCAGGUAUAGUUGUUUGCAAUGUGAUCUCCACCUUCAUCCUUAUUGUGCUAAAUCCCUGAAGCGGAUGGUAAAAUCUAAGUCUCACGUGCAUAAUCUUUAUUAUUUUGGACCAACUGCUAGGAGUAACUUCUAUGAUGAGGGAAAAACAUGUGAUGAAUGUAAAGAAAGGUUUUCUUAUGCUCCUUUCUAUUUUUGUAUGGAGUGUGGUAUCAAGUUGCAUAUCAAAUGUGCUGUACCACAUUCAGUUAAAUCCAAGUAUCACAUCCACCCCUUCACUCUUAAGGAUCAAUCAAUGGAAGAAGAUUUGGGAGAAUAUUACUGCGACAUUUGUGAAGAAGAAAGGGAUCCACAACAUCAUUCAUAUUACUGUGCAGAGUGUGAAGGGCUAUUUCUUGCUCAUAUAGAUUGCGUGCUUAAUUCAGUUGAAGAAAAUGCAGAAGCAGAAGAGCCAUCCACAAAUCUGGCAUCAGACUUCGAGCAUACCUAA